UGAAGAAAAAACUGGACGAGCUCACAGACCACUCUCUCCUAAACAGAAUGUGAGGAAGAAUCUUGAUUUUGAACCACUCUCCACUACAGCACUUAUUCUAGAGGACAGACCAGCGAACCUCCCUGCAAAACCAGCAGAAGAAGCUCAGAAACACAGACAACAGUACGAAGAAAUGGUGGUUCAAGCAAAAAAAAGAGAGCUUAAAGAAGCCCAGAAGAGAAGGAAACAACUGGAAGAACGCUGUAAACUGGAAGACAGCAUCGGCAAUGCUGUUUUAACUUGGAACAAUGAAAUCUUGCCUAACUGGGAAACUAUGUGGUGUUCCCGCAAAGUUCGAGAGCUAUGGUGGCAGGGCAUUCCACCAAGUGUGAGAGGCAAAGUCUGGAGCUUGGCAAUUGGCAAUGAGUUAAACAUCACCCAUGAACUGUAUGAUAUUUGUCUGGCUCGUGCCAAAGAGAAAUGGCGAUCACUUAGCACAGGAGGGGCUGAAGUAGAAUGUGAAGACACUGGAUUUUCUGCAGCUGACAGAGAAGCAAGCUUGGAGUUAAUAAAACUGGAUAUUUCAAGAACAUUUCCUAAUCUCUGUAUAUUCCAGCAAGGUGGUCCUUACCAUGACACGUUGCACAGUAUUUUAGGAGCCUAUACUUGUUACAGACCUGAUGUCGGCUAUGUACAGGGCAUGUCAUUCAUAGCAGCAGUAUUGAUCUUGAAUUUGGAUACUGCAGAUGCCUUCAUUGCUUUUUCUAACCUUUUAAAUAAACCCUGUCAGAUGGCGUUUUUCCGUGUGGACCAUGGCCUUAUGCUGACUUACUUCGCUGCAUUUGAGGUAUUCUUUGAAGAAAAUCUGCCAAAGUUAUUUGCUCACUUCAAAAAAAAUAACUUAACUCCAGACAUCUAUCUUAUUGAUUGGAUAUUCACAUUGUACAGUAAAUCUUUGCCACUGGACUUGGCAUGUCGUGUCUGGGAUGUGUUCUGCCGUGAUGGAGAAGAGUUCUUAUUCCGUACAGCCCUGGGAAUAUUAAAACUUUUUGAAGAUAUUUUGACCAAAAUGGACUUCAUUCAUAUAGCCCAGUUUUUAACAAAGCUACCAGAGGACUUGCCUUCAGAAGAAUUCUUUGCAUCUAUUGCUGCCAUUCAGAUGCAAAGUAGAAACAAAAAGUGGGCUCAGAUACUGGCUGCUCUGCAGAAAGAUAACCGCGAAAUGGAAAAAGGAAGUCCUUCACUCAAACGUUAAAAUUAUGGUUGCCUCUGGUGACUCAUGGGAAAAGAGCUAAAGUGGCAAAAAGUAUCCAGUACUGUUUGACAUGUAUGAGCCUGCAAAUCAAAGUGUUAACAGAGUUUUUUUUAGUAGUAGGAUAGCCUUAAAGGGGAGAGA